AUGAUAGGAAGGAAAGUAAUAAAUGUCGACGCAGUAGCCAAAUGGCAGAAAAGUUUUUCUGCAUCACGAAUUUCUCCAGAAAUACAAUCAAACUUGCACAAUGGAAAUUUCCUAGAGUCAUCUAAAGUAUCUUCGUCGACUGAAAGUAAACAGCGACAAUCAUGUCGAUUGGAUUGGGCUGAAUCGUCAUGGACAAGAUGGAUACAGAUACCAUUAAUGUUGUGGAUAACACCUAUUCUCUCCUUGGGUAAUAAACGUAUGCUUGUUGAAGAUGAUCUUAGCGAUCUUUCUGUUAACGACAAAUGUUCACUUUUACUGAACAGAGUGAAUCAAAGUGGUAACUUGGUUGGAGUGAAAGGUGCCAUCGGUGCUGGCAAGUCAACCCUAUUAGCUGCCAUUCUUGGUGAGAUCAAUCUUAUUAGUGGAAAACUUCGACUAUACGUUAAUUCAAUUUCCUACGCUCCACAAUCGGCGUGGAUCUUUGCUGACACUAUUCGAGCUAAUAUUCUUCUUGGCAAACCAAUGGAUGAAGAACGUUACCAGAAUGUAAUUAAGGCAUGUUGUCUUGAUGUCGAUCUACAGGAUUUUGGUGAAGUCGGUGAUUUAUUAAUGAUUGGUGAUAAAGGUAUCAAUUUGAGUGGAGGACAAAAAGCUCGAAUAUCACUGGCUCGUGCUCUCUAUGUUGAUGCUGACUUAUAUUUACUCGACGAUCCACUUGCUGCCGUUGAUUCAAAAGUAGCAAAGAACAUUUUUGAUCAAUGCAUCGGUUCUCGUAGUCUCCUCUGUGGAAAGACUCGAAUAUUAGUUACACAUCAGACACAUUUUUUAGUUGAAGCAGAUCAAAUGAUUCUCUUGACAAAUGGUCACAUUAAUGAAUUACAUAUUGAACAACCUGUUGAAAAUAAGUCAUCGAAUGAUACAUCACAAACAGAUUUAUCGAACGAUACAUCGGAAACAGACUCAUCGAACGGCAAUGAGACAGACUGGACACUUAACACUGCUCUAACUGAUAUGAAUUCGAUUGUAAAACGUGAGACAUCAAGUGAUGGUGCCAUCAAAUGGAGUGUUUGGUUACAACUGUUCACUUCGCCACCUUUACGUUGGUUUGGCUUUUUUCUUAUGAUAAUUCUUAUGCUUAGCAAUGAAGCUCUAUAUGACUUUACAAAUAGUUGGCUUUCUCUGUGGUCUAGUAAAGAUGAAAGAGAACAACGAUCAUCAUUUUAUGCUUACGUCUAUCUUGGAGUUAUACUUGCUACAUUGAUCGUUGCAUUAAUACGUACCGGCUAUAUCUUCUAUAUCAUGUUGCGUGGUUCGACCCAUUUUCAUAAUCGAAUGCUCAAAGGUAUCUUGUAUACUUCGUUACGUUUCUUUGAAAGUAAUCCAAGUGGACGAAUAUUGAAUCGAGCAAGCAAAGAUCAACAAGCGUUAGAUGAAUCUUUACCUCUGAGUUUAAUUGAUGCUAUGCAAUAUUUACUAAUGACUCUUGGUUCUAUUGUAAUCAUUGGAAUUACCAACCAGUGGGUGCUUCUAAUUCUCAUUCCUUUGGUCCCCAUAGUUUUGUGGCUUCGUAGAUUUUAUAUGCGUUCGAGUCGUCAACUUAAACGACUAGAAAGCGUAACGCGUAGUCCAAUUUAUGCAUUGUUCUCGUCGUCAUUAGACGGACUCACUAGUAUUCGUGCAUUUGACGUUCAAGACGGUUUUUUGAAUAUGUUCAUGGAAAGAAUCGAUACCAAUUCACGAGCUUACUUUAUUCUCUUUGCCACUACACGUUGGUUCGGUUUACGGCUCGAUAUGAUAACAUCCUUACUCACUUUAGCUACUGCUAUUCUUGCAGUAGCUUUGCGCCAUCAACUCGAUCCAUCGGCAGCAGCACUCAGUAUCAGCUAUUGUAUCACUUUAACAGCUCUAUUUCAAUGGGCUAUGCGACAAUCAGCCGAAGCUGAAAAUUUCAUGACCAGUGCAGAACGCAUUCAUGAAUAUGGUCAACUAGUACCAGAAAGGGAUCAGAACAGUAGUAAAAACGGUGUACUCAUUCAACCAACAGAUGAUUGGCCUUCUCACGGUAUUAUCGAAUUUAAAGACUAUACUUUUCGCUAUCGACCAGAACUCGAUCCUGUGCUCAAAAAUCUUAAUCUACGAGUUGAGUCCAAGGAAAAGAUUGGAGUUAUUGGUCGGACAGGUGCUGGAAAGUCAUCACUUCUUCAAGCUCUAUUUCGACUGGUCAAUCAAUCAGCAAUCAACGGAACCAUUCUCAUCGACGACAUCGAUAUUGGAUGUCUUUCACUCGAUCAUCUUCGUUCUCAUCUAAGUGUUAUUCCACAAGUACCAAUACUCUUUUGCGGUACACUUCGAUACAAUAUUGAUCCAUUCAAACAAUUCUCAGAUGAGGAAUGUCUUAUAGCACUUGAAACUGUUCAACUCAGCAAAUUGGUGCGCAAUCAUCCCGAUGGACUCCAUAUGCUAGUCACAGAAUUGGGUACUAAUCUGAGUGCUGGUGAACGCCAACUGGUUUGUGUAGCUCGAGCUAUUCUGAAGAAGAGCCGCAUAUUACUUAUUGAUGAAGCUACUGCAAAUGUUGACCAUACAACCGAUAGGAUGAUUCAAGAUGUUAUUGCUGACAAAUUUCGUGAUUGUACCAUAUUAACAAUUGCACAUCGAUUGAAUACGGUAGUCAAUAGUAAUCGUAUUCUUAUGUUACAACGGGGAGAAGUAGCCUAUUUUGGUGUUCCCAAUAAUAUCGAUCUAUCUCAAGAUGAUACACAAAACUAA